AUUCUGGUGUCUGAGGCAAUGGAUGGAAGGAAUCACUCCAUAGUGUCACAGUUUGUAUUCCUAGGACUCACCAAUGCGUGGGGGAUGCAACUUCUCCUUUUUGUCUUCUCCUUCUUGUUCUACUUUGCAAGCAUGAUGGGAAACCUUGUCAUUGUGUUCACUGUAACCCUAGAUGCUCAUCUACACUCUCCCAUGUAUUUCCUCCUGGCCAACCUCUCAGUCAUUGAUAUGUUAUUUUGCUCCAUCAUAGACCCUAAAAUUAUUUGUGAUAUUUUCGAGAAGCACAAAGCCAUCUCUUUUUGUGGCUGUAUUACCCAGAUCUUCUGUAGUCAUGCUGUUGGGGGCACUGAGAUGGUGCUGCUCAUAGGCAUGGCCUUCGACAGAUAUGUGGCCAUAUGUAAACCUCUCCACUACCUGACCAUCAUGAGCCCAAGAAUGUGUCUAUACAUUUGUGUCACUUCCUGGAUCAUUGGCUUGAUCCAUUCAUUGGUUCAAUUAGCUUUUGUGGUAGAUUUGCCUUUUUGUGGCCCUAACGUAUUGGACAGUUUUUACUGUGACCUUCCCCGGCUCCUCAGACUUUCCUGCACAAACACCCAAGAACUGGAGUUCGUGGUCACUGUCAAUAGUGGGCUCAUUUCUGUGGGCUCCUUUGUUUUGCUGGUCAUUUCCUACAUCUUCAUUUUGUUCACUGUUUGGAAACAUUCUUCUGGUGGUUCAUCCAAGGCCCUCUCCACUUUGUCAGAGCACAUCAUUGUGGUGGUUUUGUUCUUUGGGCCACUGAUGUUUUUCUACACAUGGCCUUCUCCCACAUCACACCUGGAUAAAUAUCUUGCUAUUUUUGAUGCAUUUAUCACUCCUUUUCUGAAUCCAGUCAUCUACACAUUCAGGAACCAAGAGAUGAAAGUGACAAUGAAGAGAUUGUGUAGUCAUCUUAUGCAUUACAGGAAGAUUUUGUAAAUGGAUGGCUGUGAA